AUGGAUGAAACCGUUAACGACUUGGUGUUAGCUCCAUUUAGAGAUAUCGUGGAACAGGGGAAUAUUGCGGUGGGCAACGCUUCCGAUGGUGGCAAUGAGGCGAUGCUCAAGGCGGCUCAGAGCCUUGUCAAGGAAGGAGAAAGAGCACUGAAAAGGAUCGAACCUCUGUGCCGGAGAAAGUGUGAAGAAUUUGGGUUCGUCUUUGUGAAUGCACUGAAGGAUGAUGAUGGGAUAUCUCGUUUUGUCCAAGAACUGAACGACCUGCUCUAUGACUUUGAGGAAUAUGUCGAGGUCAACAGCUUCGAUGUCGAGAAGUUCACGGGGCUGCAGGCGCUGUCAAGAAAGGCGGCACCCGCGAUAUCGCACACAAUCACCCGGAUGAAACUUGAGCUGCCGCGCGCGGGAGACGAUGCAGAGUCAACACAUUCUAGAAUUUCCUCGGACCCGAUGGCUCCCGUCAGGCGGUCCAUGGACGACGUCUCUUCUCAGCGCGCAUCGUUGCCGUACCCAGUGGCUGAAGACCCAAGUGAGCAUCCGGGCACAUAUGCGAUGCCAUAUCCUUCCGGUCCCGAACACAAUUCCGAGACGAGGUUACCAGAACCAUCACCAAGUCUUCUAUUAUCUACUGUACAGGAGGAGGAACCACUGCCGCCUCCACCACCGCUGCUGGACCCAUGGUCUUCUCCCUCUCGGACACCGGACGGCAUGUCGGACAGUAUGGGCCAUCCAUGGCGGGUUUCCUCCGACUCAGCUAUCGGCUCAGACGCUGGUUCAGAGCAUGGAAACUCCCCAAUAACCGCCAAUUCCCAGCAUUUGCAUCCUCAACAACUGAACGUUGCCCAUAGCAGGCCCAAUCGCAUUAGCACAUCGAGCAGCAGCCCUGGUUCCUCGCCGGACCCUAACACAACCAACAUCAACAGGCCUUUCUUUCCAGGGCGUAUCUCGCCUACCUCGCCUCAUCGCGACCAGAGAGACUCUGUCUCCAGCCAGGCAAAUGCCUCCGUACGGAGCUCUGUGUCUGACCACCGCAUCGACAGAAGCUUCACACUCGACACAGUCAGUCCUAUAUCCCCCACUACGCAGAACCGAGCAUCGGUCUUCUCCGUGGGUGCCUUCCAAGAUCAGCCCCGCGGUCAGGAGCAGUCACCCCAUGUCGCUCCUCUUGUCGUGCGUCCGAGGCCGUCUGUCUCUGUGUCCACUGCAGACAACGGUGGGCUGGAGACGGUGCAGCUCCCUACACUUGGUGUGCCGGAUGGGUUGAUACCGGUGGACGAGGAGACUGUAGAGCAGAGAAUGCCCUCUCCGACCCCGGAGACACAAUUUGGUGGUUGUGCGAUCAACCUGAACAGCUCGUACUAUCAGUUCAGAGGGUUCUGUUCCGGGGCGAUGGAGGUCAUCCAAGGUGGCAUAGGAGUCAAGCAUAUCAAGAGACAGGAGUGCAGGGUCUCUCGACCAGCCAUGUCGAGGUGGCAAAGUGCAAGGCAUGUGCUUUCGAGCUUGACUGGAAAGCCGUGGAGAGAGACACGAAUCAAGAAGGCAAGUCACGGAAACCCUCUUCUCUCCCACCCCCACCCCCCCCCCCCCCCCGGUGUUGUCCAGCGAGAAUCCCAAGUUCCUAAUUACCUCAACACAGCGACCGAGAACUUCAAAUCAUCAGGUGUUGGUUUCCGUCUGCGCUUCCUCCUCAAGAGUCACAUCCAUGCCAAAAAUGUCGGAGACCAGAUCUACGGAUGCGCCUUUUGCGUGCAGCUCCGGCAGACGACACAUCCCAACGACGCCACCGUCUUCUUCAGCCAGCGCCAGCUGUUCGCGCACCUCGCACGGCACCCCCGCCCCCUGCCCGAGGUGCCAGGCCUGCUCGUCCUCCAGACAGAGGACGUGCCUGUCCAGUUCGCAAACAACUACGACCUGCACUUCCCCGGCCCGGCCCGCGUGUCGAUGCUCGCGGACAUGAUGCGCGAGCUCACGGCGCUGCCGACGGGGACGGCCGUCCAGACGUGCCGCCACACGCCGACGAGCAACCCCAAGAGACCGCCCGACGGGUCUGACGUCUUGUCUCUGGCCGCGGGCGCACGGAUCCUGGGGGUCGAGUUCCCUGCCAAGUACCAGGGCGACUGGUGCCUCGGCUGGGCUGACCACGAGCAGGGCCUGCUUCCUGCGGACAUAGUGAGGCUUGAUCCUCCCCCUGGGAGGAAAAGUGGCGACUCCGCGAAUCAGGGCGGCUCGACUACAUUGAGAGGCGUGGCGCGAUGGAGGUUUGCCGUCAAGGAUGGCAAGGACAAGAGUAGAGGGGAGUGGCUGUCCUUUGGCAAGGGCGAGGUCAUUACCAACAUAGGAUGGUCUCACGCAGAUCAUUGGUGCUGGUGGGGGACAAACGCCAAGGGUAGGUCCGGGAUGUUUCCCCAGUCGCAUAUCGAGCCCGGCACGCUGAAGGAGGCGGCGGCGGCGGCGGCGGCGGCUGCUGCUACUGCGACGACGGUCAGAUCAGAUCGUGCGAGCACUUCGAGCGGGGAGAGGAAGACAGGCCUUUUGGCGCGCAUCUCGAUACGGCAGAAGAGCGGAGGCUCGGGAGGUGGGGGAGGCGGCAUGUCGUCGUCUUGGGCUUCCAUGCAUUAA